UUGCAGAAUACUUGAAUGGGAGUUUCAUGACAGACUUUCUCAGCAGUACUACUUGCAGCCUGCUAGCUGCUGUGAGGUCAUGAAGGUGGAGGAGUAUAGGCCCACCUGGCUGCGAGAGAGUUCACUCACCAGCCAAGAGAAGGUGACAUGUACCCAAAAUAUGGUAAUGUAAGCUAGAUGGCAGUGAAGACUUAGAAAUAAUAUACUUUUAGUUAGAAAUUGCAUGUGAGAUUGGCCUUUGCCAGUAAAUCUAAAAUGAAUGAAUUACAGUGUUAAAUAGGGCACACAGCAUUUAUAAAUGAUUCUAACAUUCAUAAAAUAGUCCUAGCCUUAAAAGAAAUAAAAAGUUGAACAAAUUCAGUGUUAAAAUUUGAAAAGAUAGAAUAAAAUGCAUUAAUAUUUUCAAGUGCUGGAACAUCGUACCUGUGAAGCUUGUCUGUGUGUUUGAGGCUAGCGUGAGACCUCUCUUGUUUAUAUCUUGUGAGACUGUUAGGUCAGCCCUCACUAAGGUUUUCUUUCCUUUCCUCUUCCAACAUUACUCAAGCUGUUCCACCCCAACCCUGGGGUUGUGGCAUUAAGCACGCGCUGAGGGAAGGCUGGCUGGCAGCGCAUUCUCAGAGGAGUCAGGUGAUCGUUGUUUGAAGGCAGCUGCUUGAGGUUCAAGGCAGUCAGUGUCCCCUCUCUUCUGCCUCGGGACAGCUGGUGAUUAUCAAACUUGUAACAAGUCUUCCUUGCUUAUUGCCUGCUGAAGAGGAGGGAGAUUAUGCAGUGGGCUUUUGAUUGAUCCAAUGGGAAUUACAUUGAUCUGGUGUCUGGCUGUGGUUGUUCUCAAGUGGAUCGCCUCUAAGAGGCGUGGAGCUAUUUCCUAUGACAGUUCUGACCAGACUGCGUUGUACAUUCGUAUGCUAGGAGAUGUACGUGUAAGGAGUCGAGCAGGAUUUGAAUCAGAAAGAAGAGGUUCUCAUCCAUAUAUUGAUUUUCGUAUUUUUCAUGGUAAGUGUUGGGAUAUACAGUAUUUCUCUUAGGCUUUCAGCAAACUCAGAUUUUCAUAAAAUAAUAUAAUUUUUCAAAGGAAAAAGAAAGCUAUAUUUGGAAUGUUUUAAAAACACUGGGUCAUGAUAAACGACACUUUAUUUCUAGAUAGCAUUAGUAAAUGCUUAGAGACAAUUAGAAUUGUAAAGUAUAAAAUAUGAAAACUGAUACAGUUUUUCUUCUCCUUUUCAAUUUAAAUGUGAAAUUACUUUGGUACAUUUUUUCUCCUGAUAUAUA